AUGGGUGACGCAAAGAUAACCGGUGAAGUGAUCGGAAUCGACCUAGGCACGACCUUCUCCUGCGUCGCCGUCGCCCGAAAGGGCCGAUCCGUCGAGAUCAUAGCCAACGACCAAGGCAACCGGACCACCCCUUCCGCCGUCGCCUUCUCCCCCGACGCCGCCGGUUUCGAGCGCCUCCUCGGCGAAGCCGCCAAAAACCAGGCCACCCUCAACCCCCGCCGCACCAUCUUCGACGUCAAACGACUCAUCGGCAAAAAAAUGGAAGUUAACGGCGAGCAGAAGAAAACCUUCACACCGGAAGAGAUAAGCGCCAUGGUGCUGGGUAAAAUGAAGGAGACCGCGGAAGCCUACCUUGGGAAGCAAGUAACCAACGCCGUCGUCACCGUCCCGGCCUACUUCAACGACUCACAAAGGCAAGCCACCAAGGACGCCGGCACCAUCGCCGGGCUCAACGUCGUGCGCAUAAUCAACGAGCCCACGGCCGGCGCCCUGGCAUACGGCGUGAACCAGGAUUCGAAGAGGAAGAGGACCAUUCUGGUGUUCGAUUUGGGCGGCGGGACGUUCGACGUCAGCGUUUUGAACAUCGACAAGGGUGAGUUCCGGGUGCUGGCCACCGGCGGUGGGGAUUUCGACCAGAGGGUGAUGAAGUAUUUCGUCGAUUUGAUCGAGCGGAAGUACAAUAAGGACGUUACUCAAGACCCCAAGGCUAUUGGGAAGCUGCGCAGAGAAUGCGAGAGAGCCAAAAGGGUACGUACGUAUAAAGUACUGAGCAGUCAGACACAAGCUAGAGUAGAGAUUGAUUGCUUCAUAGACGGGAUGGAUUUCUCCGAGCCACUGUCGAGGGCGAGGUUCGAGGAUUUGAAUUCGGAUCUGUUCGAGAAGACAAUGGAGGUGGUGAGGUCGACGCUUAAAGAUGCAAAGGUGGAGAAUAAGGAACAGAUCGACGAGAUAGUGUUGGUUGGAGGAAGCACGAGAAUCCCCAUGGUGAGGGAGAUGUUGAAGAAGGAGUUCGACGGGAAGGAGCCGAGCGAAGGGAUCAACCCCGACGAGGCCGUGGCUUAUGGUGCUGCCGUCCAAGGAGCCAUGCUCAGUACGGACCAAGACGAACUCGUUUUAUAUGACGUCACUCCCUUGAGUUUGGGGAUCAGUAGCCAGGGUGGUGUGAUGUCUGUGGUGGUGCCGAGAAACACAGUCAUUCCUGCAAAGAGAUCAAUUGGCAGGCACAUUACUGUUGGAGACCAACAAACUUCUUUUAAUGUCGAGGUGUAUCAAGGUGAAAGGCCCCUGGUCAAAGAUUGCCUCUGGCUCGGAAGGUUUAGUCUGGACGGUAUUGCCCCGGCGCCAAGGGGAGUUGCGGCAAUGAAGGUGACGAUGGAGGUAGAUGCGGAUGGAAUCUUGAGCGUGACGGCCAAGGACGAAGCAAGCGAAAACAAUUCGAAAUCCAUCGCAAUCAAGGGCUACAAACGGAAGCUGAGUGAAGUGGAGGUGGAGAGGAUGGUAAGAGAUGCAAAGGAGAUGGCUGAGCACGACAAGAUGGCGAAGGCACGCGUGGAUUCGAGGAAUCGCUUGGAGAGGUACAUGUAUGAUCUGAAGAAGGAUGUGUCUGAGAAGGUUAAUUAUCUCUUUAAAAGAACAAGUUACAACUUUACUGUUUGGUAG